UCUUCUCGCACCCUCUUGUUUGGUGUAGAUAGAAAAGAAAUUUUGACUCAUCGGCCGGUAUUCAUCUUCCGUUGGAUUGACACAGAUUCUCCUCUAUUUGGCGAUGGUCAAAAAGGAAGUUGAAGAAUAUAUCUAUGAACAUCCAUGGGAAGUAGUAACCGAAGCAUCCCUUCGAAAGUAUCCCAAUCGUUGGUGUCCUCAAGUGCAGCGAGUGGAAACAAUGAGGCGAACGGUGGACAACAGAGGUCGUCUCCUUUCCAGAAGGCUGUUUCAAGGCACCAACCCAGUUCCUUCCUGGUUACACUGGCUUAUUGGUUCUGAACCAGCAUAUGCUGUAGAAGAUUCUGUUAUCGAUCCCCAAGAGAAAACCAUGGUUCUGCGUUUGAGUUCUCUUAGUUUGCGCAAUUGGGUGGAGGUAGAUGAGACGUGUACAUAUCGUGUUCACCAUGAAAAUCCCAAUUGGACAGUGUUACGACAAGAGUGGAGUUGUCGUUGGAAAGAACCCAGUGGGAUGAUAUCGGCGUUGGAGAACCUUUCAGUGGAACGUUUCCGGAAAACAGUAGCCAAUGGCAGACAAGCUGUCAAAGAGAUAUGUGAUGAUAUUGAACGUGCUGCUGAUUCUGUUACCUUGUUUGCGAAAGAAUGGUCUGAUCGGUUGGGAGAUGCUGCUCGUGAAUGGGUAGUAGAUGAGCCGACGCCUUGUGGUGGUGGUCGUCAACAAGAUGCCAAUACUCAUGGAUAAGGAUCUUUUUAGGUGUCGAUGCAAUUUUGGUUUUUCACAAUGGAAAACGAGAAUUUUGUAUUUUUUGGGUUGUUUGAGAAAUGGUUAGAAAAAAUUGGACUUUAUUCCUGAAGGUCUUGGAAAAGGAUAGAACGAAUUAGCCUUUUCAUAGGAUGAAUUGGGAAUUCGUAACCCACUUGCAUAUAAAUGGGAGAUAUCUCCUAAACUAUUUAUAAGGAG